CGACUCUCAAGCAGUCCACCGGGACUACAAUAUCGAUAAGCCACUGCCGGAGCUUCCUGAUGCCGACAGCGAUCUCAGCUCGCCACCGCCGUUGCCACCACCGGUCCCCAAGAGCCAGUGCCAACGCCAGACCAAGCGCUCGUCUCUGCGGGCGCUCAAGGGGAUCCGAAUGUCGCUCGAUGGGGCGGCCCGAGGCAUGUUCGUAGCUCGGGGAAGCCCGCAAACCGGCGACUGCCCAGACUUGCGAACUCGCACGGUCUCGGAGCCAUUUCUGAGUCCCUUUGCUGGCGCUGUUUGGCGUCGGCCGCUGCGACCAUCGGACCGCCAAAACAUCAGCCAGGCCGACAUCUCGACCAUAAUUGCGGAGGAAUCCAGUCUGUCGGAGGACGGCCAUGAUCCCAACGGCUAUGAUCCCAGCGACCAUGGCCCCAGCGACCAUGACCCCAAGAACCACAAAGCCGCCACCAUCCGUCGACCCAGCGACCACCGAACCACCACCGAUCUCCACUCUGCGCUCUCGCUUCGCUCCGAAGGAUACAACUUUACAACACCGUCGACCCUGGGCUCGUCGCUGCCGCCGUUUAUGACGACCGGGGCUGGGAUUGAAGCCGGGCAUGCACUCGAGUCUGCGUCUGCCCUCACGUCCGAGCAGUGCUUCGAGGUCAGCCCCGUUUCGGAACAUGCCCAUGUUGAGCCGGUCUCGCAGGCCAUUCGGAAUUGGGCGUUCUUGCGUCUCUACCAUCAGCACUACUCGUCGCACGACCCGCUGCAGCAGCAGCGUCCAAGCCUCAGCGACCUUUUGCAGCCCCACUGUCGGUCUCCCGACAGCGUCCAUGCAGAGUACAAGGCGUUUUCUGGCAUCCUCUCAUGGCUUCAUGGGGCACCGGACCGAGGGUUUCCGCUCUACGCUCUCUGGGUGCCGGCCAUCCGGACCCUUCAAAUUAUGACCCUGCGGCUACUCGGCGCACCCGCCAUCGACAUGGGCACGUCCAAAAUCUCGACUCGCCUGCGACGGUCCAUCUUGCUGAUCAGCAGUCUCGAGUACAAAUGUCACUACAACAUUGCGCAAGCCGCGGCAUUUGGUGAUUUGAUCCAUGGCUCGUGGAAGUACCAAGUCGAGAGCCUGAAAACACCGCCGUCGCCGUCGCCGCCGCCGAUUUUCGAUCCGCAAGAUAGUCGUCUCACAUCACAGGAGCGCAGUGCUCUCGAGCUGGUUGCUGCUGCCAGCCGACUGCCCUCGGAGGCAACACCGGAGCUCCGCCAGGCUGUAAGGUCAAACUUCAGUGAGGACGUUUUCCAGCAAAUCGUCUGUAUCUCGGCCGCCUGUGCUUGGACCGAUGCUGUGACGGAUGCCCUUGGUGUCGAAUUGGAUCCAUCGCUCAUUGCCUGGACCCAAGAUCAACUCGGCGAGCUUGGCUUUUGGGACAAGACACGGCAUAUGCCCCUCGAUUACGGCGGUGAGGAAGACCCGGAGUCACCAACGAGCCGCUUAUCGGACUCGCGGACGCCCGGGAAACGGCGUGGCAUUGGCAUUGGCCGGGUCCGGGACCUGCUCCAUCUGCUCCGAAGCAUCCAAGAAGGCAGUGCGAUGGAGGCACGGUGGCUGAGCGAGUUCCCUGCAGGACGUUCGAGGCUCAACUCCUGGCUGCAAGCCACCCUGGGGUUCCAGCCCGAGUACAUCGUCCAGAUCCUCAACAAGGACAUCAAGCGCGCCGUAUGCUUCGCAUUAUGGCAGUUCUUGCUCCGGCCGAGCCACUACAUCGAUCCGUGCGUCACAGCAACGUGCGAGUCCGAGUGGUCCAACCACUCCAAGAUCUUGAUGUGGUUUGUAUUCAGCGUCACGGCCGGCAACAGGUUGCUGCAGGGCCAUGCGGCCUUUGUGGCCCACAAGUUCCGACUCCCAACGCACUUGCUGAUGAUCGCCAAGGCCGGGGGCUCUGUCGGCGACCCCAAGCUGGACGUGGCACUCAAUUUCGUCCGCCGGUCGGCGAGUGCAGAGCGAUGCUUCUCGCGCCAGUCGUCCAUCGAGCUGUUCCAGUCGAUGCGGGCACCCGAGGGCGUCAUGGAGUUCCUUUCGGUGCUGGGUCUCCUGAAUAUGCUCCACCGGCUUUCAGGCAUGCUUGCGGCCGAUCCGCCGCAGUUUGAGCUCGAGGUUCGCGAGUAUCUGGCUUCGGCCGGCGGGCUGGGUCUCGGCCUGCAUCCCAGCGAGGCCCAGGCAGGGUGUGCGAGCGCGCUGCGAUAAGAGGGCAGCGUCUGAUCGGUAUCCGGCCGCGCCGAUGCCACCCCCAAUAGACAUGUCCAUGAUCGGGCAGCAUGGACCAGCGACGCUCAAUACUAUGCAUAUCCG